AUGUUUGAUACAGCAAUUGAAUGUAAUGAUGCAGAAAUAAAGAAUCAGAAAUCUGUCCAGGUAUCAGAUAUUCAAACUAAAAGUGAUUGCAUAAGCAAAUCCACCAACCUACCUACAAAUUUAAAUGAGGAAAAUAUCAAUGAUGAUCCGAAUUCGACUAUAGUGGCUGAAGAUAGCAAUACAACUACCUUGGAGACAGAAAUAAGAAAUAAUCGGCUGAUUGCAAUCGGCGGUGUCACUGGCAUUAAUGAUCAUCUUGAUGCUAUAAUAGGAUACGCUGCAGAACCUUUGUUACCACUUCAUGAAGCAUGUGUUCCGUUGUCUGAUAUUCUCUACAAUUUGUCAUUCUACGUACAAUUGGCGCUCAAUGAAACACCACAAGAACCACCCAAUGGAUUGACUGUGGACGAGAGUGCUGCAAUUCGUCUCUAUACUAUUGAGUGGGAAAAACCUCAUCGAAGUCUCUAUUCAAUGCUUAAUCAUACUCUCAAAGGGGCUCCACGUGAAGAACUUCGACCUUAUUUCAAGUAUCUGAAAUUGUUCUUGACUGCUCUCGUCAAGUUACCCUGUGUUCCACCACAAACGGUUUGGCGAGGUGUGGCCAAAGAUUUAAGUUCUGAGUUUCCACCAGGCACUUUUGUGACAUGGUGGGCAUUUUCCUCAUGCACUCAUUCACUGCCUGUUUUGGAAAAUAAUAGAUAUCUGGGUUCCGAAGGUAAGCGAACCCUUUUCUCGGUCGAAGUAAUCAAUGGUCGAACGGUGCAAGCUCAUUCAUAUUAUGUUACGGAAGAUGAAAUUCUUCUUUUGCCUGGUACAUGCAUGGAAGUUCAGUCACAGUUUAGUCCAGCACCUGAUCUUCGUAUCAUUCAUUUGAAGCAAAUAAAACCGACCGAAACCCUUCUCGAACUUCCAUUUGAAGGCAAUUUUGAGAGAGGAAGACAUUUAUGA